AUGGAGAUGAAUUAUGAUGAGAAGGAGCUCCACCAACUCGAGCAGGAGCUCCAUGUUGAACUGCUUCCAGGCACGGAACUUAUGGCCGAUGUUGGGUCGCAUCAUUUCGUCAAGAGCGGCGAUAAGAGUCACCGAGUUUUGGUUCCACAGCCAUCGGAUAACAAAAAUGAUCCUCUGAACUGGUCUUUGUCCUGGAAAAUUGCGGCCAUUGUCGCGUCCAGUUUUGUCACUUUCAUGCAAGGCUUUGGUCCACUGUCUUUAGCGCCUAUGUUUGGUGAUUACAUCGAGGCAUUCAACUGUUCGUUGGCGGACGCUGUUCAGUUCACUGGUGUCGCUAUUCUUGUUCUGGGGUUCAGCAAUUUCAUUUGGGUUCCUAUUAGCACCUCAUUCGGUCGACGACCUGUUUACCUCUUCUCUCAACUUAUCUGCCUGGGUUCCUCCAUUUGGCGAGCGCGAGCUCAAACGUAUGGCAGCUUUAUGGGCGCUUGUGUUCUCAACGGGAUCGGCGCUGGCCCAGCAGAGACCAUCCAACCAGCCGUCAUUGCCGAUAUUUUCUUCCUCCACGACCGCGGAAAAUGGAAUACACUUUACUGGGUCGUCUACAUGGGUUCGCUGAUGGUUGCACCCAUCAUUUCCGGUACCAUGUCAGCUCAUGUCGGCUGGCGAAACUUUUGGUGGCUCAAUACGGCGUUAAUCGCCCUCUCCUUUGUCAUGGUCGUCUUCAUGUUCCCGGAGACGAAAUGGCAUCGAGUCCAUCCGAGCGAGCUCCAUCACACCCCCAUUUUGGCCGAAUCCAAGCCGACGGUGGAAACAAAUGAGAAGGCCGCGAGCGACUCGCCAACGCCGGUCGCGACGACGGAUUCGGCAGAUAUGUCGCACACCCCCUCCGAGGCCCUCCCCCUCGCCGAACGCGACCCUUGGCUUGGUCGUGGCGGUCCCAGUAAGACACAAUGGGGCCUAUACACGCCAAACCCAACUCCCAUCAAGACCAUUCUUCUCGAUCUCUGGAUUCCGUGGAAGCUCUUCGCCUUCCCCAUCGUCGAGUUUGCCAGUUUCGUGGUGAGCUGGAGUUGCUCGUCCUUCUUGACCAUCAAUCUGACUCAAACACAAAAUUUCGCCGCACCUCCAUAUAACUGGAGCAGUCAAAGCAUUGGGUUUACAAACUUCGCCAUCGUCGCCGGGGCCAUGAUCGGCCUAGCUACCGCCGGUCCGCUUUCCGAUUGGGUGUCUGCAAGAGCCACGACAAAGAACAGGGGUAUUCGUGAACCUGAGAUGCGUCUGCCAGCAAUGAUUCCCUACGUGAUCAUUAUGUAUCUCGGCAACAUCAUCGUGAGCGUCGGGUAUGAAAAGAAAUGGCCCUGGCAAGCGAUUGUGAUUAUUGGGUACACCUGUGCGGGCAUCCAAGUGGCGGCUAUUCCCGGCAUGGUAUCCACAUAUGCGGUCGACAGCUACAAGCCGGUUGCCGGCAGUUUGUUUGUGGCCAUCACCGUCAAUAAGAACGUGUGGGGGUAUGGGUUCAGCAAGUUUAUUACGGAUUGGAUCAUCGAUGACGGCUACAUCCCUCCUAUCAUGACGAAUGCAUCCUUGAUUCUGCUCUGGUGUCUCUUUGGCAUUCUCUUCUACUACAAGGGCAAGACUUUCCGGAGGUGGUCUAAGAAUAGCUCAGUGCACAGAAUGUAA